UUAUUUCUUGUUUUAUUAUACUUUACUGAUGUACACACAAUCAGAGCAGGAGUCAUCUUUAUUAUGCCACUAAAUGGAGUUCUCCUAUAAUUUGGUGUUAUUCUUCCAUAAGGCUGGCAGACUUGAAUGCAUCUAUCUAUCUAUCUUAUAAGCUAUAUCUGUAUCCUUCUUUCUUUCUAAGCAAGGAUAGUAUUUUAAAAUGCAAUUUUAAAUGUAAUGUGGGGGCCCGCCUGUAGGUGGAGACUGAAGCCUGCUGGACCUUCAGAUGGGAGGAGGCUCUUGGGCUUUGUUGUUAUAGUAAAGGUUCAACUUCGGUCAGCAUUUUUUCCUCACCGGCCCACGUUUCUUUUGUCCAGUUGUCCUCGGAAUCAAAGACAGUGAGGUGGGAGGCUGCGGACCUUCUGCUCGAGCGGUAAAAGAAGAAGGAGAGAGGAGACGAGAGGACGCGAUCCAAUGAUGGUCUCCUGUACAAACCAGAUUAUGUGGCUUCAGCUGCAAUCUUCACCCCUCCUACCAAGUCCUUGAUACUCUGGAUGAACAUCAGAUCCAGUGCUCCACUUCUGACCUUGUAACUGAGGUCAGACUCCUUCAUUCCUGCUGUAAUGAAGAAUCACAGCCUACUGUCCCUAACUUUGGCUGUGCUGGGUAUUCUGUGCCCAUGUUUGUCAAGACUGUCUCCCAGAGUCUCCUUCCCUAUGGGUAGUCCUGGGAGACAUCUCACCCGCUUCACCAGCCAUGAUGUCAGCAACACCACCACACUGCUGCUAAGUGAGGGAGGAGACAUGCUGUAUGUAGGAGCCCGGGAUGCCGUGUUAGCACUGGAUGUUAGCCACAAGGAUGCCAUCAUACUGAAGAACAAGCUGGACUGGAGCCCUUCAGACAAAGACCUUGAACAAUGUUCCAUGAAAGGCAAGAAAAUGGCUGACUGCCCAAAUUUCAUUCGUGUACUGCAGUUCUUGAACACCUCUCAUAUCUAUGCCUGUGGAACAUUUGCCUUUAGUCCACGCUGUACCUAUGUUAACUCAGAGAUGUUAACAAUGAGUAUCAAGUCUGAUGAAGGCAGAGGUCGCUGCCCCUAUGACCCCUACCAGCGCAACACUGCUGUCAUCGUAGAUGGAGAGCUUUAUACUGGGACAGUGGCAGACUACAGGGGGAACCGGCCGGUUAUCUCCCGGCACCUCAGUGAAGGCAGGCGUGUUGACCUGAAGCUGGAUGACACAUUAGGAUGGCUGGAGGAUCCAACCUUUAUCAGCUCCAGUUUCAUUCCUGAUGAGGAGAAAAUCUACUUUUUCUUCAGUGAAGUGGGCAGAGAGUAUGACUUCAUCGACAAAUUUAUUGUCUCUCGUGUUUCUCAGAUCUGUACGAGUGAUGUUGGGGGUCAGCGGACCCUGCAGCGACGCUGGACCACAUUUGCCAAAGCUCAACUGUUGUGCCAGGCUGACAAUGAGCUACCCUACAAUGUGAUCCAGGACGUAGACACCCUCCCACCAGCAGAGGGAGCUCCUGCAGAUGACACUCUGUUUUAUGGCAUUUUCACCUCACAGUGGUCUGUCAACUCUGGACGGUCAGCAGUGUGUUCAUUCAGCCUUAACGACAUCAAAUCAGUUUUCUCUGGUAACUAUAAGGUUCUGAACAGGGACACGUUACAGUGGAGCACACGGGUUCAAGAGAAGGUUGCAAAUCCAGGAGAGUGCGGCUUGCAUAAUGCAUCAGACAACGCCCUGCGCUUUGUCAAAGAAAACUUCCUGGCAGAUGACAGUGUGCGGCCCAUUGGAAGAAGUCUGACCAUGGUGUCUGUUGAGCACAACUACAGCCAUCUAGCUGUCCAGAGAGUCUCAGCUGCCAACAACAGAGACUACACUGUCCUCUUUCUGCUUACAGAGUCUGGUUACCUUCACAAAGCAGUACUGCUUCAGAGUGGUACCCAUAUCAUUGAAGAGGUCCAGGUUUUUGAACAGCCUCAGCCUAUCAAGAGCCUGAGGCUCUCCAUACCCAAGGGUAUGAUAUAUGUUGGCACAUCAGAGGGUGUGGUGAGGGUUCCAGCAGCAAACUGUUCUUUUUACUGGACCUGUGCUCAAUGUGUUCUGGCCCGAGACCCCUUCUGUGGUUGGGACCCUGCCAACAGGGCCUGUGUCAAGGCCUCUAACACUCAGACCAGUCUAGGCCAGGACAUAGACAAAGGCAAUGUUGAAGAAGCAUGCAACCAUGUUACAUUAACACACAGAGCCAGAUUUGGUCCAAACAAACUGCCUACAGCCUCAUGUUCUACAGGUGAGCUGGUGUCAGUGUCUCUGAACGAAGUGGUGCGGCUGCAGUGUCCUGCAGCAUCGCAACUGUCUCAGCAGCUAUGGGAGCGUCCCAACAGUCGGCUGUCCUCCGACCUAUACCUGCAGCUGCAGGAUGGGAGUCUAAGCUUUGUGGCCACCCCUGCCACACUGGGCCACUACAUUUGCCUGUCCACUGAGAAUGGCUACCAACAGACUAUGGCCAUCUAUCAUGUCAAACAGAAAACCAGCCCCAUGGCUCAAACUCCAACCAGCCACACUUGGCCUCAAACAUACCCUAUACCCACCACACAGGCUGUGGCCAGGCCUAAACCUGGACUACAUACCUCUGUGGGGACUUGGCCUGAGAGACAAGAAACAAGACAAGCAGAGACUUUGCCAACACUGUCCAGCAGAGACACACAGGUCAUCACCAGACAGCUGGGCAGGAACUUGACAAUGCGACAGAAAGAGGCAGAGUUUCAGGACAAGGAGCUGCUGCAAUUGGCUCGAGGCCCCUGCUAUUUAAAGGAGCUGGUGGCUGUGUCAGUUCUGCUGGUUCUCUGCCUCAGUUUGUUAAUCACCAUGCUUUUGUAUGUCAUAAGACAGCGCUGCCACAGCCGAACAGCCCCGCAAGCAGGAACUCCAACCAGAAACUCUGAUAGAAGGACCCCUGUGGAGCAGGAGGCCCUCAGGGGAAACCAAUUUCUGAGUAAACAGAAUGGACAAACCCCGCAUAGCGGACAGGUCAGUGGCUUAAGUUGUAAUGGGGCACUCACAGGCUCUAAUGGACACUUGCCCAACACACCCAUCUGAAUAGUCCCAGACAUCAAAACUGUCACAGAUAAGACCGGAGGUAGGUGGGGGCCUCCCAGGUACCAGAAUCAUCAUGGUGAUGACUAUCAGUCAGCCCAGUGAGAGGUCCUGACUGGUAAAAUGUGAAUGAGAGAUAAUCUUUCUGUGGUACUUAAAUGCAGGUACAUACUUCUUUGUUGUUGCUAGAGGCCGUAACACAUAGGCUGCAAUGUUCUGGAUGUUUCACUUACUAGAAGGUACAAGCUGAUCCAGUACAGCUGGUUCUUUGAAUAUUUUUGUAGAAUAGUCAGCAUUUGGUGCAAAGUUAAUGACUGCCCAUUUAUGCAUCUCUUUUAAUGGAAUGACUUUUUAAAAGGGCAUCCAAAUCACACAUGAAUGGAACUGUUAAUUUAAAAAAAUUCACUAAGAGUCUAGGCUCAUGCAGACAUUUUACUCACAGGCAGAAGGGACAUGGCUGUUUGUGAAGUAAGUUAAUAUCCUUUAAUUUUACAUUUGCCUUAUUAGACGUCUCCUCAUUUAUCGGGUGACCCAGGUAUUGAUCUGGUCCACCAUCAGCCUAAAGGAAACAUGAGCAAUAGUACAACAGUCCAUUCUUCAUUGGAUCAACACACCCCUUUAUUAGAAGUUGUUUAGUGACUGGAUGCUACAGGUGAUUGGACUUCAACUCAGGUGUAAUAUCCCCACCAAGAUUGUACUUCUGUUCAUUUAGUCAGAAUGAUUGGAUCUGUGGUAAUUAGAGCCCUGAUUAAUAAAGGAAGCAUAAAAUAAGGUACUCUAUUAAUCAGAGAGAAGAGGCUGUUGUCUUUCACCAGUAAAAACAGUUUAAUCAAAUAUUGGAUUCUCUGAGCCUUAACAUCCCUGUGUGGCAGAGAGAAAGUAUAUUUUUCACACCGAUCAGCCACAACAUUAAAACCACUUGCAUAAUAUUGUGUACCCUCCCCCUGUGUUGCUAAAACAGCUCUGACCUGUCAAGGUAUGGACACGGGACCUCUGAGGGUGUCCUGUGAUGUUGGGCCCUGGGAUAUUUUCAGCGGAUCCUUUUUGUCCUGUGGGUUGCAGGGUGGGGCCUCCAACAUCUGGUUUGUUCUGGUGCAUCCCAUAGGUGGAUGGUAAAUGGACUUGUACUUAUAUAGCGCUUUUCUAGUCGUAUCGACCACUCACAUUCACCCAUUCAUAUACACAUUCAUACAGUGCUUACACUAUGCCAAAGCGCUCUAGCACAUCCACAUUCACACACCGAUGUUACAAACAUCGGGGGCAACGUGGUUCAGUAUCUUGCCCAAGGAUACUUUGGCACAGACUAGAAGAGCCGGGGAUCAAACUGCUGACCUUCCGAUUAGUGGGCGAUCCACUCUACCUCCUGAGCCACAGCAGCCUCAUGUUCAAUCAGAUUUGGAUCUGGGGGAUUUGGAGCCCAGGUCAACACCUUGGGCUCUUUGUUGUGUUCCCUGAGCCAUUUCUGAGCAGUUUUUGUGGUGUGGUUGGAGCACUGUCCUGCUGGGUAAGGCCCCUGCCAUUGGGGAGUGCAUUUGGCAUGGGGGGUGUGCUUGGUCUACAACAAUGUUAAAUUGGGCAUUGGGCAUGUAUCAAAGUAACAUCCAGAUGAAUAUCAGGCCCCAAGGUUUCCCAGCAGAACUUUGUAUUGUAAAGAGAUGAUCAAUGUUAUUCACUUCACAUGUCAGUGGUUUUAAUGUUGUGGCUGAUCAGUGUAUAAUGAAGUAUAAUGAAUUAACAAACAAAAUAAUGAAGAAAUAAAGCAUUGCUGGUUUUGUGCUUUCAUUGUUUGAGCCGUAACUUUCUAAACUGUGGUCUGUAUCUGUACACAAUAUAAAUUAAAAUACAGGUUUUUAAUGAA